AUGGCGGGAAAUGUCGAACCAGGAACCGACGCAGCCCCGAUAAAGCCAGUGUCAUCACUCCGAUCACACUUUGAAGGUCUCAAGGUUCACCAAGCGCAGUCCGAUGAGCGAGGAAGCGUUCCUGCAUCUCCCCAGAUCCUCAACCCCAUCAAUGGACAGUCGCCGGCUUCAACACUCCGUGCCUCGCUUGAUUUACCCAGGCCGUCGUCGCCAUGGACAGGAGGAGGAAAUAAUAGCUAUGGUGGUUCACAGACCCCCGUUAAGGGAACAGAGUCUCCAAGCAAACCCGGCCACAAACGGCCCAUGUCUAUGCUCGUCCAACCCUCUCCUCAACUCACGCCUUCGGUCAAAAUCGACUCUCCCAGGUCACCCCCACGCACAUACUUUGACCGGAGUUCCUCAAGAUCACCCGAACUGGUCGACAACACGGCGUUUGCGAAGGUCCGUGAAUUUAUCUCCCAACGUUCCAGCGCAACCUCCACCCGCCCUACCACUCCGCGGGCGGUGAGCGACGAACGAUCCAGCACCGUGAGCAUCGUGGGAAAUGCAGAUCCGGCUCGAGGACCCACAGGACUAAAAUCGCCCGCGAGGCCGCCUCCUGUCAAUCGGGCAGAUAAACCGAAGAUACCUACGAAGCCGAACGUGAUUUCAAUGCCCGGCGGCACUGGCCUCAAUCCGGAAGCUCGCAGGCCCUCCUUUGAAGCUCGGAUCUCGCCUUUCAGCACACCCCCUAGCAGCGAGGAGAGCUCUCCAGCGCGGAGCCCCGAAUUGAUACUCCCAAAUCAGGCCUUUGAGGCAAUAUCGACGCCUAAGAAAGCGAUGACACGAACCGCACCGUUCGUGUCGAGGGACCAAGGUGGGUCGGCAUCAAAGGAUGCGCGAUCGCUGGGCUUCUCAAGCAAGCCAACCGUCUCAGAGAGGAUAGAUCCAAGAACGUUGGGGCUUCCCAUACCCGAUCCCCGACCACCAAGCCGAGGGACCACUCUUCCCUCGAGGGCGAGUACAGUUUCAGAGAAGACGUCGAGGGACCCUCGCGAGUUGGGUCUCUCCAGCAUGAGGGCGGCGCCGCGUCAUGUCUCUGAGUCAAUUCGACGCAUCCCUUCCCCUCCGCUAGCCCCUCCACAGCCUCCUCGACAGCAACAUAUCCGCGAUCCUCGUCAGUUGGGCUUUUCCAGCCAUCCCUCCGCCGAAAUCGACUCGAGUGGCGAAGAAGUGCGGCCCGGUCUGCCUCCCAGAAGAAAUAUGCAGCCUCCACCGCGACCGUCCAAUGAGUCCAAGUACGGCACAGCAAGGCCGGUCCCCUCGCCUAGCCAUGUCGCCGCUCCUGACCGAAGUCAUAAGCGGGUGGCUGCUGAACAGCUGUCCCGUGGUGCAGGGCCAGUAGACGCUCGAUUCCCGCCCCCACCGAAACGAGCCAGUGUCGACGACGGCGACAUUCUCCCAGCGACCAGGGCGCAGACGUUUGCCGGAGACUUUCCAACGCGGCCGUCGAUAAAAUCCCGCGCAACUGACUCGGAUGAUGCAGAGGAAGUCGCAGAGCAGCCUUCCACGGCGAAGUCGGAAUAUCCGGAUUCGACACAUACAAACCGACGACCCCCCUAUGUCAAGGGUGGCUUAUGGGAGAUCAGCACUAAAUCCGACUCCAGAACCAUGGAAGUAUGUGGAAGAUACCUAUGUACGGCCGGAUACACCACCCGAGUCUUCGACAUGUCCACUGGCGACCAAAUUAUGAACAUCAACCAUGGCGAGUCGGUCAAGGUCACAGCGGUGGCAUUCAAGCCUGCCUUGGAGCUAACCAGUGAGGGAUCUAGGUUAUGGCUGGGUACUAAUACCGGUGAAUUGAUGGAAGUGGAUGUGGCCACGUCUACCAUCAUGAGCACGAAUUCCUCUCAUAACCGUCGAGAGAUUGUUCACAUACUCCGAAAUCGGAGAGAUCUGUGGACACUGGACGACGAUGGCAAGCUCUUCGUGUGGGAAGCUGACGAGUCAGGAGUGCCGAACCUGAAAUACAGCCAUAUCUCCCACAAGGUGCAAAAAGGACAUUCGUGUUCAAUGGCAAUAAACGGGCAACUCUGGCUCGCGACUGGAAAGGAAAUCCGGGUAUACAAUCCAGGGAACGACAACUCAUUCAUUGCCCUCAACAAACCGCUAUCGCAACCGGGAAACCUGGACAUCACCUGUGGGACCUACUCUAGUGAAAAUGGAGGCAGGGCGUACUUUGGUCACAUUGAUGGACGAGUUAGCAUUUACUCAACGAAGCACUAUUCCCCAGUCGCAAACGUCAAAGCGAGCGACUACAAAAUCAAUGCCUUGUCCUUUGUGGGGGACAAGCUAUGGGCAGCUUUCAAAACCGGCAAAGUGUACGUGUACGAUACGUCGAGUUCCCCGUGGAAGGUCAAGAAGGAUUGGAGAGCUCAUAACGGGCCGGUCACCGAGAUUAUAUUGGAUCCGAGCAGUGUCUGGACAUUGCAACAGUUGCAGGUGGUCACGAUCGGGCACGACAAUUUUGUCCGACCAUGGGAUGCGGCCCUCGAAGACGACUGGAUUGAAACGGAGAUGCAGGAACGGGACGUGGAAUAUUGCACCUUCCGGGAAGUGCGAGCCGCGGUUGUCACGUGGAAUGCUGGGGCGUCGACGCCUUACGACUUGCGGAGCGAAUUCAUUGCCGACGCCAUUCAUGCGGCGGAUCCGCCGGAGAUACUGGUGUUUGGAUUCCAAGAAGUGGUUGACCUGGAAGAUCGGGCGGUGACGGCGAAGAGCAUACUGGGAUUUGGCAAGAAGAAGGACCCUGUCAAGGCGGAACAGCAUCAAAGUCGAGUGUACCGCGAAUGGCGCGACUAUCUCAGCAAAAUGAUAAGUCGAUAUGUCCGCGACCGCCACGCCUACACCGAACUGCAAACGUCCAGCCUGAUCGGCCUACUCCAAUGCGUCUUCAUACGGCAGGAAGAACGACCUCGGGUCCGCAACCUUCAAGCCGCCAGCAUCAAGCUCGGGUUGAAGGGGCAUUACGGCAACAAAGGAGCACUCGUGACCCGGUUCUUCCUGGAGGACAGCUCGCUUUGUUUCAUCAACUGCCAUCUAGCAGCGGGCCAGUCGCAGACGUCGCACCGCAACAACGACGUGGCCAGCAUUCUGGAAGCCGAGGCCCUAGACCCGGAACCGGACCCAGACGUGCGCAGCUCGUUGUACAUUGGUGGCGGCGACGGGGCCCAGAUCCUCGACCAUGAAAUCUGCAUUUUGAACGGCGACUUGAACUACCGAAUCGACACGAUCCCGCGCGACACGGUCAUCAACAUGAUCAAACGCAACGAACUGAGCAAACUGCUGGAGCGGGACCAGAUGAUGGUCUCGCGCCGCCGCGUGUCCGGGUUCCGCCUGGCCGCCUUCACCGAGCUGCCCAUCACGUUCGCCCCCACGUACAAAUACGACGUCGGAAGCGACGAGUACGAUUCUUCCGAGAAGAAACGGGCCCCGGCAUGGUGUGAUCGCCUGCUAUACCGUGGGCCCGGGCGUGUCAAGCAAGUCGAAUAUCGCCGCCACGACGGCGUGCGCACCAGCGACCACCGGCCUGUCAGUGGGUUGUUCAAGCUACGUGUAAAAACCAUCGAUCCCGCCAAGAGGCGGAAGGUCAAGGAGGACUGUUUUGCUCGCUUCAAGGAGGUCAAACGCCGCAUGGCGGAGAAGGCCAGCAUCGAGUAUCUCGUCGCCGUGCUGGGUCUGCCGGAGAGUGAGGCGCGGCGGUUGAUUGCCGCCAAUUAG